AUGUCGUUCUCAGAAGUGACCCCGUGGCUGCGGGAGGAGCUGCAGCGGCGAGUUGGUGCUGCUACUCGCUCUCUUGUUGCUGCUGUUGUUGCAGCAGCAGAAGCUGCUGCUGCUGCUGCUGCUGCUGCAGCAGCAGAUGAUGAGGAUCAGCAGGAGGCUGACGAGCCGCAAAGCGGCAGCAGAAAGAGACAACGAGAAGAUGAGACAGAACCAGCAGCAGCAGCAGCAGCAGCAGCAGGAGCAGCAGCAGAGGACGAUGACGCAGCAGAAGCAGCAGCAUUUGCUGCUCGUCUGGCAGCGCGGGACAUGGCGUCGCAGCGGAAGGUGGGCCACGCUGCAGCGCUUGAGCGGCAGCAGCAGCAGCAGCAGCAGCAGCAGGGGGACGCCGCUGCUGCUGCUGCUGCGCUGGAGAGCGUGGAAGAGCUGCUGCUGGAAGCAAAAAAGAAACCCAACGAGCUGCUGCGCUGCAGCAAAGCUUACGUGCUGCGGCUGCGGGAAGAAGCAAGAAGAUCUUAUUUGAAAAAAAGAGAAGAGCAGCAGCUGCUGCUGCAGGAGCGAAAAGUGCGGGACAGGGAGGCGUUCUACGCGCAGCUGCAGCAGCAGCAGCAGCAGCAGCUGAGCGCCGCGGAGCAGCAGCAGCUGCAGCUGCGCAAAGACGCGCUGCUGCUCGCCAAAGCAGCAGUUGAAGACCGCAAAAACAAUUCGGAGACAGAACUUUAUUUGCUGCCGGAAGCAGAAGAAAGUCUGCAGGCCCGGCUGCUGCUGCUGCAGCAAACUUUCCGCGAGACGCAGCAGCAGCAGCAGCAGCAGCAGCUCUCCGAGCAGCAGCUCCUCGAGCAGCAGAAGACCCGCGCCGCCCUCGUCCGCUUCGGCGCCAGGGACCGCAGCAGCAGCAGCAGCAGCAGCGAGCAGCAGCAAAAGACUUACAAACUUGUCGACGAAACUGGAGUUGAGAUCGAAUUUGAAGUCAGAGAAACCCACGGACUCGACUUCAACAAAGAACUUUCCCCGCAGCAGCAGCAGCAGCAGCAAAUGCUGCAGCAGCUGGAGCAGCAGCGCGAGGCCAGCCAAACCAAGGCCAUCUCCCUCCAAGAGCAGCGGCGUUUGCUGCCGGUCUACGCCUACCGCGAGGCCUUCCUGCGGGCCGUGGCGCAGCACCGCGUGCUGGUGGUGGUGGGCGCCACCGGCUCCGGCAAGACGACGCAGCUGCCGCAGUUUCUGCGCGAAGUGGGAUAUGCAAAAGCUGGAAUGGUUGCAUGCACGCAGCCCCGAAGGCUUGCUGCGAUGGCUGUUGCUGCUCGAGUAGCAGCAGAGUGUGGGGAAAGACUUGGGGCGGAGGUGAGGAAAAAAUCCAGCUAG